AUGGCGACUCAAAGUCAUAACUCCCACCGUCCACUGCAUAGCUUUGUUGCUUUAUCUUCGUGUCUUCUUAUAUUGGCGUCUAUUCUUUUACGACCGGCAUUAGCCUCGAUAGACUUCGAACCAGAUCUCAUUUCAGAGUUCGAUAUCACUUCUAGCAAUUCCACUCUAAAUUACACCUUAGACGACAAUAUCACAUUAUAUAGGCCCAGUCACAUAAAACAUUUAAAAUAUUCCACUCCAGUUGCUAUAUUCCUCACAUUAAUUUUUAUGAUCGUUAUUGUAGGAACUGUAAUUGGGAAUAUCCUUGUUUGUGUUGCCGUGCGCUUAGUGAGAAAAUUAAGAAGACCAAGUAACUAUCUGAUCGUAUCUCUGGCAGUGAGUGAUCUGUGUGUAGCUCUAAUGGUGAUGCCGGUAGCCACCGUAUACGAUAUUAUGGGAACGUGGCCUUUCGGUCCAGUCAUUUGUGAUUUCUGGGUAUCCAGUGAUGUUCUAUCUUGUACUGCAAGCAUUCUCAAUCUUUGUAUGAUCUCUGUUGAUCGGUAUUAUGCCAUAACAAAACCUUUAGAAUAUGGCGUUAAAAGAACACCCCGAAGAAUGCUUUUUUGCGUGUUUAUUGUAUGGGUAAGCGCAGCAUGCAUAUCCCUGCCGCCGGUCCUAAUACUUGGUAAUGAGAAGACUGACACAUCCUGUUCUGUGUCGCAGAAUAAGGUGUAUCAAGUUUAUGCGACUAUGGGUUCGUUUUACAUACCAUUGACAGUGAUGGUAGUAGUCUACUAUAAGAUAUUUAAUGCUGCUAAGAAGAUUGUGAAAGAAGAAAGAAGAGCUCAGUCGCACUUAGAGACUCAUUGCUACCUCGAGAUAAAUGUUAAGAACGGCGGAGCGGCAGAGGCGAAACUUUUAGACAACCAGUCUUCGCAGCCUCCCCCGAGAGGCUCUACAGCGAGCACGAACACCACGUGCAGCGUGGAUAAAGCGGAAAGCACAAUUGGGAGAUGUUUCAGCGGUCAAAGAAAGUCCAACGAGUCUCAAUGUCCAAUGCUGCAACAACCAAAAACACCCGUGAAGCCAAUUCACACCAUCAAUAAAUCACCAACACAAUUGGUGCCACCAAAACUUCAAAUUAAAGAGCGACGUAGACAAUCAUCAGAAAGUAGUCAAAAAGUUACAACCAAUAGAAUCCGUUCAUCGCUCUCCAGUUUUGCUCAAAAAAGCCACAUUGCCAAAGACUUGCUGCACCCAUCAGCUACCCAUAACAAGAAAUUGCGGUUUCAAUUAGCGAAGGAACGCAAAGCUUCAACGACACUAGGUAUAAUAAUGUCAGCAUUCAUUAUUUGUUGGCUUCCCUUCUUCUUAUUAGCCUUAAUUCGGCCGUUUGUCCGAGAAGACGCCAUCCCUGACGCAGUCAGUGCUAUCUUCCUUUGGUUAGGCUACUUGAACAGUUUGCUUAACCCGGUUAUAUAUGCAACUCUAAACCGAGAUUUUAGAAAGCCUUUUCAAGAGAUCCUGUUUUUCCGGUGCACUAAUUUGAACCUUAUGAUGAGGGAAGAGUUUUAUCAUAGUCAAUAUGGAGAUCCAGAACAACACUACUGCACAAAUAAUACAACUAAACUUCACAAUUAUGAUGAAGGCGUUGAGAUAGUUUCUGCAGUCGAAAGAGAGGAAACAAGAGCUUCGGAGAGUUUUCUAUGA